CAUCAUCAGCCGCAGCUCAUCAUCAUCUCAUCGCGGGCGCGGGCUCAUUUCACUUCACAUUUCACGUUAGCAUUUCAAACGCGCUCGAACUCGAACACGGGCCACGCAAUCAUCGCUCGGUGCGGACGGUCGGUGUCGCGUAAGUUUGCGCUCGCGUUCUGUGUUUUACGCCCGCGGGUGUGUCUCUGUGUGGGUGACCAACGUUACUUGGUGGUUUUUGUUGUUCUCCGCUGUCUAUUCUCGCUGCAGUCGAAUUUUGCAUGCCACAGCGAGGUGCGCUCGUGAUGAUGAUGAUGUUACUUGCCGAUAGGUGUCGGUGAGCAGACAACCCGCCAGCCAGCCAGCCAGUCAACAAAAAAGCCUACCUUGAGAGUCCUUGCGUGUGGACUCAAGUUAAUGAUAACAAACAGUGACAUACCAGUGUGUGUGUUGGUGUGAGUGUGUGUGUGUGCGUCUAUGUGCUUCUAUUUUGUAAUUGUGUAACUGGAUUUCCCAACCGUCACAAGUGCGUGGAAUUGUGUGCAAAUGAUGCAGUAUCUUUUUGGCAGGAUCUGAAUGGAAGAAUGCAUUGGCCAUCCGCCAUCAGCUCGGUCGAUUCUGGACGCGCGGAUUGGCGUGUUUCGUCAAACGAGCGCGCCACCAAACGGCCCUCACAGUAUUCAAACCAAUCGCCCAUCAUCCGGCACCGUUGCUAGAUGGUUCCGUUCCCGCCGUGUGCUUGUGUUGACGGCUAAGGUCUCGCCUAAGUAAGCAGGAAGCAAGAUAUCGCCGGUCCGAAAACGCGCAAACAAUGUGUAGCACAAAGUAGUAGUCGCCGUCCUUAAAACAAGUGCGUGUGUGUGUGAGUGUGUCGCGACCAAAAACCUCUCCCCUGGGGUCAGCUGUUACCCUUUUUUUCCUUUUGGAGGCAAAGCAUACUCCAACCAACGCCGGCUACGAUACGAGGCAAGGUCCGCUGGGCGCGGCAGCAUGAAUCUGGAGUCCUUGCCCCGAACCGAAACGAUACACGUCACCGCACCGGCCGCAGCGGCGGCAGCAGCAGCAGCAGCCGCCGCCCUACACCGCCCAGUCCAAACCAUGCCGCAGCGGUCCCCGUUCGCGAUUCAGGAGCUGCUGGGUCUCGGGAGCAGCGGAGAAUCGACCCGGCCCAGUGGUGUCGUGUCGGCCGUCACUCCAUCCCUAUACCCGACGACCGUCGGGCAGGCCUCGUUUGCGGCUGCGGCUGCCGCGGCCGGAUGUGCCGAUCCGCACCAGAUGCAGAUGGCAGCGGCCUCCCGGAUGGCGUACUUUAAUGCGCACGCCGCCGUGGCCGCGGCGUUUCUGCCGCACAACAUUGCGAGUGCGGCCGCCGGUGGUGGUUCGCUGCAGCUGCAUUCGGCACAGUCGGCUAACAAUUUUACACACUUAAAGUCAACCUUCGGCGGUGGUGGCGGUGCUUGCUUACCGGGAGGUGGUGUAGAUUCCAGCAAAGACUUUACGAUCGACGGUCUAAAUAGUUAUGGAAAGAAGAAGAAGAAGAAGCGAAGGCACAGUCGUACAAUAUUCACCAGCUACCAGCUAGACGAGCUUGAGAAGGCCUUCAAGGAAGCGCACUACCCGGAUGUGUACGCCCGUGAAAUGCUUUCCCUAAAAACGGAUCUCCCCGAGGACAGGAUACAAGUGUGGUUUCAGAACCGGCGAGCCAAAUGGCGCAAGACUGAAAAGUGCUGGGGCCGCAGCACGAUCAUGGCCGAGUACGGGCUGUACGGGGCGAUGGUCCGGCACUCGCUCCCGCUACCGGAAACGAUCCUCAAGUCGGCGAAAGAGAACGAAACCGUCGCGCCCUGGCUGCUAGGUAUGCAUCGGCCGUCUGCUGCCGCUGCUGCUGCUGCUGCUGCUGCUGCAGUGCCGACCGCGGACGACACGCACGAGCCGCCGGGCGGUGCCAACGGCAGCAUGCUCGACUACUAUCGCAACUACACCAGCCCUACUGACAUUAACUUGUCCGUAUCCGUUUCGUCUUCAGGCAUGCACAAGAAGUCGCUCGAGGCGGCCGAAACGCUCAAAAACUCCGAAGAUAACAGUGACCGUGAAGAGACACGGACGGAGUCGAGCGAAACGAGCGGCGGCUCGGGGGCCGCCCUCCACUGCACCCUCGGCUCCUCGCCCCUCAAGUCGCCCACGAUCGCAUCGGAGUCCGGCGGAUCUGGAUGUAGCGGCGGCGGCGGCGGCGGCGGUGGCGGUGGUGGUGGUGGUGGUGCCAGCAGAGGUGACUGUGGAGGUGAGGGUGGUGGUGGAGGGGGAAACGGAUCGUCGUUGAAUGGCAAGCACGCCAGUGCCGGGGCAAGAUCGGCGAUGGCGAAAGUGUCACGGUAUGGGCUCGGGUCACCGACCGGUGGACGUCCGCAUUCACCCUCCGUCACACCACCGGCCUCGGUCCACCAUCCGCACCACCAUCAACCACCACCCGCGCACCCGUCCUCGCUGUCCGCACACCCGCUAGCCCAUCCGGUACAGCCGACGACGGCGGCCAGCACCGGCAGCGCGAUCAAGCUGCAGCCCCGAUCACCGCCCCUCGGGACGUCCCUUGCCGGUGGUGGGAGUGGAGGGGGAGGUGGAGGAGGAGGAGGAGGAGGCUCGACCGGCGGAAGCGAUCAUCUUUCUCCCGUAGGGCAUGGCCAUGGACCGCACCACGCGGGAGGGAUGCCACCGGGAAUGCCGGACGGUGGCGGAACGGCCGACUUCCUGCACACCAACAACAACUAUCACCCCGAAAACGACCACGAAGCGUUUAGGUGGGUUGACUACAAGGAUCCGGUCGCGUUCAUACGGAACAACUCCAUCGCCUGCCUAAGAGCGAAGGCUCAGGAGCAUCAGGCCCGGCUACUCAACAGUGGCCUCCUGCUGCAAGUACGCUCGCUCGCCGGACUCCAAACGCAUCCAGCCUUCGACGGUGGUUCCGUACCGUCGCUAACCUCACCGUACGAUGGGUCCUGCUCCGUCGCAGCCCAUGCCGCCCUGCACGCCCAGCAACAGCGUACGCCACCUCCCCUACCACCCCAACCAUCGUCCCUUGACGGUUCGUCCCUGUCGUCCGCCACCCUGCUCGAAAUCGAUCGGCAGCGAGCCGAAGCGAACAGCAGCAACGGGUCGGCGAUCUCGGUAAAAGGCGCCAGCAGCAGUCCCAACGUCAGCACUUUUUGACAGCAUUUAUAAGCUGAUCGUACCAUCCCGUAAUCGUCGUCAAAACUCACCACACUCAUCCCCACGGCUCAUCGGAUUUUGUGCAGAAAAUCAAUAAAACAACAACAAGUACAACGAAUCGAAAUCGAAUCGAUCAUUAUUUAGGAUGUAUUAAAAAUUUGAAGAACAAAAAAAACCAAAGAGGGCGCUCGAACAGGCGGCCGGGAUACGGUGGGGAAGCGGAUGCCUAGUAGUUGUAGUAGUGCCAGUAAUGCUAGUAGUAGUAAAAGUAGUAGCCAAACGCUACAGAGACAGAGAACGGCACCGAUGUGAAGGAUCGAUCAUUCGUUUUGCUUAAUUAUUGCAUUCUGUUUCGUUUCGUUUGUCGAAUGAGCAGCAUUUGUAUCGGAGCAGAGAGAGAGAGAGAGAGAGAGAGAGAGAGAGAGAUAAAGAAACAUUCUGUACAUACUUACACAGCUAUCUAAACACGUAUACUUUUUCUUCCUCUUUUACGUGCAAUUCAUCUGAAAUGAGCCUAAAAUCUUAAAUGAAUAUAAAACACUCCGCGGCAAAAGCAUCACGCGCGCGCGCUUGUCGUCGCUGGAGAUAAACAAUAAAGAAAGCAUAUAUCGUAGGUGAUACAGUAAAUACGUAAUUGCGUGUCGUCCCGGCAAAGGACGUGAACGUUGGCUAGAAUAUCUACAUUUAAGCAGGAACACACAGAGAAAGGGUGGAACGAGCGCGUUGUGUGGAAGUGGACGCUCUCAUUGCUUGUACAUAGAGAAAUGAAGCACUAACUAAUUUAUUUCAUCCCACAAGAAAGUUGUCCCCCGGUUUGGUGGACACCGAGAUUCAAACGGCAUACAUUAGAUAAGAACAAUCAAAAACCCAUUCAGUAACAGAACAGAACAGAAAUAAAAACAAUCAAAUCGCAUCAAAACAGGUGGCAAACAGAGAGCAGCAAACGGAGCAGAAAACUCAGCCCCAUUAAAAAAAAAUACUUGCAAUAGAUAGGAACCACCGUGAGCGUGAAUGUGUUCUAAGAGUUCCACUACAAAGGAUGAUUGUUUUAGUUUUCAAAAAAACUCAGCAAAUACUCAUUCAGUUUCUGUGCUGUUUAAACACAAUCAUUCAUACAUAACACAUUACACCUUUGAAGGCGCAUUCUGCUGCCUGCGAAUGCUAAUGGAUUGUGUGUAAAAAGCAAACGUUACUUCAAAGCAAAAUAAAUCGUGAACAAACGUGAAUAAAAAGACAAGCAAAUAAAUAACAAAUCGUGUAUCAUGUGAACAUUUAAA